AUGCCUACUACAACUAUCCUCGACGCCAUCGCCACCACGGCGACCACAACACUCGCUGCCACGGCAAAACCCACGCACGAUACCCCCCCGCCCCCUAAUGGCGGCUCAAAUGGCGAGUGUAGACUCAUGGGGUCGUUUGCUCUCGUGGUCCAGGCCGCACUCGGAGGUCUGGCGUUACUGUCGCUCGUAUAUAAACGAUGGCGGGAGCGGCCACAGCGUCCGAUCAAGAUCUGGUUCUUUGACGCCUCGAAACAAGUGUUUGGUUCUGUGCUGGUCCAUAUUGCCAAUGUCUUCAUGUCCAUGUUGACCAGCGGGCGGUUUAACAUGAAGCCUAAGACUGUCGUGGUGAACGCGUUGCUGGCGAGAGCCGAGGACUAUGUUCCUAACCCCUGCUCUUUCUACCUUCUCAAUUUGGCCAUUGAUACGACGAUCGGAAUUCCUAUUCUCCUACUUCUGCUCAAGAUCAUCCACGGCCUGGCUUCAUACACGUCGUAUGGACAGCCUCCCGAGUCUAUACUGUCGGGCUACUACGGUAAUCCUCCGAACGCGAUUUGGUGGCUCAAGCAGUCCAUUCUCUACUUCUUUGGCCUCAUGGGCAUGAAGCUCUGCGUUCUCGUCAUCUUCCUCGUUCUCCCUUGGAUCUCCAAGGUUGGCGACUGGGCCCUGGGAUGGACUGCGGGCAACGAAAAGGUGCAGAUUGCUUUUGUGAUGAUGAUAUUCCCUCUCAUCAUGAACGCUAUGCAGUACUAUAUCAUCGAUUCCUUCAUCAAGAGGAAGGUGGACCACGACAGUUUACCCACAGAUGACUCCGGACACUCACGUAACCCGUUUUCUGAGGACGAAGAUUUCGAAGCCGAGCUUAUGACUGGGUUCGACACCGAAAGCGAAGAUGAAGCUCCCACGAAACCAAUUGCCAAGCGGAAGUCGCAGGAGGAGUAUGACCCACACAGAGAUGGCGAGAGCCAAACUAUCGUGGGCAGCAGCAGGUCUCAUCAGGCCUAUGGAUCCGGCAAGGCCGCCAAUCAACAAUCUGUUACCCCGCGAAAAGCGGACGAUUAA